ACGCGCCGCAGAGCAGCACGCACGCGCACCGCUCCGCGCUCUCUCCGCUUUCCUCUCCGCCCGAGUAACGGUACUGUGUGUGGACCGCCGAGCAGAGAUCGCUUUCUCGCCCGAUUGGCAGGCUCUCGAUCGGCCGGUGUAUUUUUUUGUUGUUGAGUGUGGAAGUGAAAUGGAAUUCGCUGCGUUUUAAUUGCCCGCAGCACAGUGCCACUUGUCGGGCGGAUUUCAUUAACCCGGGAUAACACAGCAGCGCAGCCACACCUCCGGAGAGCGAGCCGAGGAUAUAUCUGGCGAAUAGGCAGCAGCACGCAGAUACUGCAAAGCCACGUACUCCGCUGCGAUCAGCCUUGUCAAUGAACUAGUGGCAUCGCCAUUGACAAAACCCACUGAUUUAAGCCAAUCAGCAGAAAUGAACGAGUCCAGUAAUCAACAGUCAGAAGGGGAUUUUAAUGGGCGCCACUCCGCAUCGCCGGCCCGCACCAUAGACUCACAUGAUUCCACCACGGGGAGCAUGGACACCAUUGUGGAUCGCAGCCUUAACCGCGAGGAGCUGCACCAGGUGGUGACCAGUAUCGAGCAAGGCACAAAUACCGCGUGCACGACAGGGUCCGGAAGUCUAACCAACUCGCAAAUUGGCACGCUAGAAAGAGACGCCUUGCGGAAACAGCAGGAGGACCAGGAGCAGGCACGCCAGGAUGCCCAGAGUCACAUUUAUUCGAGUCCAGUCUACGAUGAGAAGCCGCCGCUGAAACUUCUUUCAGCAGGUUUGGACCUAAAUGCGGAAAAGGGCGAGGCCAGUAUUGAAGAGGACAAUAAGCCCAAGUUGAUUUCGCACAAGGAAUUCAAACAGCAGCUGGAGGAAGCGAUGGUGUCAAGGCAACCCAACCAGGUGAAUGCCACCAAAAGUGCGUCUAACACUUUGGACUCCAGGAUCAGUCGAAAACAGCGCUGUCCCCCGGAAUUAAUCAAGUACAAGGAGGGCAGCGGGGGCGGCGGCAGUGACUCCUCCUCGCUAUCUUCGAAGGAUCGGCGCAAACGUAAGGCGAGUAACGAAUGCUGCUCGGCCUUUCCACUGCAAAUAGUGCUGGGCACGCUGCAGCUGCUCCUGGCGAUCUCCCUGGUAGCCCUGGGAUCGCUCCUUAUCGUCCGAGAAGCACCGCUCUCCUUGGCGGGCUGCGGCAUCUGGACGGGAUUGAUAGCCGCCGUCACCGGUUCCCUAGGAGUAGUGAGCAUGCGCAAAACGCAGACGGCCUUUUUGGCUCUCAGUUUGGUGUGCAUCGCGAGCAGCACCUUGGCCAUGGCUGUUUCCGGGGUGAACUUGUCCAGAGACCUUAACAGGAUGGCGGAGCACGAGGUCGAGCAGUUAAAUUUGAUCCAUGCCAACAGUGAGGUCUCCGCCACAUGCGGACUAUUUUUCACCCUUUUUCUGCACUUUGUGGCCAGCAUUGUCUCCGUCUAUAGAUGUACCCUCCAGAUUUGCACAAAAUCGGAGCACAGCGAGCUGCGUGACGUCAUUGUCAAGUCGAGUUCUUCGGGAAUGGCCUUGGACCAACAAAAGGUGGAUCAGUACAUUAAGGCGAUGUCCUUAAGUGGCACUGAGAAGGUGAACAGCGAGAAACUGGCGGCCAUGUGGAUGUAUGCCACCAAGAUGGGAACUCUGCCGCCCCCCUCAGUCCGGAAACUGACGCCCCCUUCGCGCCAGAUAAUGCUGAUUCCCUCGACCGCUGGCAGUGGGAUAGCACCGCCGCCACCCACACGCCUGCCCCCACCGCCGCCGGUGGCCGGGCUUUUGGUGCCGGUUGCACCGCUUCCGCUGCAAUACCGUGGAAUGACGCUGCCCUACAUGCGACCCGGCCCCGGAUCUGUGCUCUACGCCCACCCGGCCAGCUUGAGCGGCACAUACCGGACCCACAAGAGCACCAAGUCGGCGGAGAUCAACGGGCAGCGGAGGCGCAGGCGGGCGGGAAAGUCGGACGCCAAUCGCCGGCAACGCCGCAAGUCGGAGGCGGACGUCCUGGACGGCGCACCCAAUUUCCAGUACACGGGCCUGGAUCGAGCCAUAGCCGACAGCUUUUUGGCCAGGCAAGAGCAGUCGCAGGCGGGAAGUCACAUUGACUACUCUUCGUCGGCUUCCUCGGACUUGUACGGCGGGCAGAGGGCUUCCUCCAAGACGAAGAUCGUCUGCCGGGACGUGGUAAUGUGACGGGAAUCGAACUUUAAAUACCCCUAACCCAUUUCCUACACUCUUGUAUAUAUUCUUUUCUUGAAGUGAUUCGAAGUAUCUUUUCCCGUGUGGCUUGAGGAGAACAAGUACCCAUUUCCUAUCCGCAACUUUGUCUAUGUAUCUAUAUAUGCGUACUUACUGUAAGACCCCUAUAAGUAUGAAUCGAAUAAAGUAAUAUUUAAAGAAUAAAAUUAAUUA